GGCCGGCAGAGGGCGCUGCUCUGCCAGCCGCGGCUCACACGGAGCACACUUCCUGCUUCCGUCAACACACGUGUGUAUGUGUGUGUAUGUGUGUGUGUGUGUGUUUGCCGAGAGAUACGAUAAGACUGAGGCAGAACAGCAGAACCAACAGAACCAGCAGAAGCAGCAGAACCAGCGGAACCAGCAGAACCAACAGAACCAGCAGAAGCAGCAGGAUGAGCGGAGCCGCGGUUCCGGACCUGAUCAGAACCAUUUCUGACGGGGAGCAGAGCCCGGAGGAGCCCGACACCGAGUCCGAGGAGGAGGACCAGCCCAUCAUCCUGAACAGGAAGAGGAAGUUGGGGAAGGCGGGCCGCGGGGCGAGAGACUUCAACACAGACUUUGAGUUUGGAGAACGAGACGGGCCGGCCGGCGAGGACUGGGCGCUGUCCGCCGUGAUGUCACAGCUCAAGAACAAGAGAACCCUCACCUCGCUGGACGAGAAGAUCGAGAAGGUCAGGAGGAAGAGGAGAGCCGAGGAGAAGGACGCACAGAGCGCAGCUGGAGAGGAAGAGGAGGAAGAGGAAGAUGUGAAGCCACAUCGUGAUGGUGGAGAUGAGGAGGAGGAGGAGGAGGAGGAGGAGGAGGAGGAGGAGGAGGAGGAGGAGGAGGAGGAGGAGGAGUUUGACUCUGGUGAUGAAGAUGUUCUGACCAAAGCUGACACUCUGAGGGAGAAAGGACGAAGAGUGAGGAAGAAGAAGGCAGGAGAGGAGGAGGCUCCUGAGGCGUUUUAUGAAGAUGCCUCCAACUACGAUGACAAACUGACUUUUCACGACAUGAAUUUGUCCCGACCGAUCCUGAAGGCCAUCACAGCUCUGGGCUUCCAGCAGCCGACGCCCAUCCAGCAGGCCUGCGUCCCCGUCGGGCUGCUGGGCCGCGACAUCUGCGCCUGCGCCGCCACUGGGACAGGGAAGACGGCGGCCUUCAUGCUGCCCGUGUUGGAGCGCUUGCUCUAUAAGCCCAGGGAGUCCCAGGUGACCCGGGUCCUGGUUCUGGUUCCCACCCGAGAGCUGGGGAUCCAAGUCCACGCCGUGUCCCGCCAGCUGGCCCAGUUCACCUCCAUCACCACCUGCCUGGCAGUGGGUGGGUUGGAUCUGAAGUCACAGGAAGUGGCGUUGAGGGCGGGGCCAGACGUCCUGAUCGCGACGCCCGGCCGUCUGAUCGACCACCUUCACAACACGCCCACUUUCCAGCUGAGAGACAUCGAGAUCCUCGUGCUGGACGAGGCAGACAGGAUGUUGGAUGAGUUCUUUGAGGAACAGAUGAAGGAGAUCAUCAGGUUGUGUUCCUACCAGAGACAGACGAUGCUGUUCUCUGCGACAAUGACAGAGGAGGUGAAGGACCUGGCGGCGGUCUCGCUGAAACAGCCAAUCAGGAUCUUCGUGAACAGCAACACGGACGUGGCUCCGUUUCUGCGGCAGGAAUUCAUCCGGAUCCGACCGAACAGAGAAGGAGACCGAGAGGCCGUGGUGGCUGCCCUGCUCACCAGGACCUUCCAGGACCACGUGAUGCUCUUCACCCAGACGAGGCGUCAGGCUCACCGGCUGCACAUCCUGCUGGGCCUCAUGGGCCUGAAGGUCGGAGAGCUGCACGGAGACCUGAGCCAGAGCCAGAGACUGGACAGCCUGAGGCGUUUUAAGGACGAGCAGAUCGAUGUCUUGGUGGCGACAGACGUGGCGGCUCGAGGUCUCGACAUCGACGGAGUCAAAACAGUCAUUAACUUCACCAUGCCGGGCUCGGUGAAGCACUACGUGCACCGCGUGGGCCGCACGGCGCGGGCGGGUCGGGCCGGGCGAGCCGUGUCGCUGGUCGGAGAGUCGGAGAGGAAGAUGCUGAAGGACGUGGUGAAGAGCGCCAAGAACGGCGUGAAGGCCCGCGUCCUGCCACCAGACGUGGUCCUGAAGUUCAGGGAUCACAUCUCCAGACUGGAGCAGGACGUUCAGGCUGUGAUGAAGCUGGAGAGAGAGGAGAGAGAGCUCGCCGCGUCCGAGGCCAAGCUCAGCGUGGCUCAGAAGCGUCUGUGUGAGUCGGAUCAGACUCAGAGAGUUUGGUUCCAGACUCAACAGGAGAGGAAGAAGAACCGCAUGGCGAAGGCUCUGCAGGAGUUUGAUUUGGCUCUGAGAGGAAAGAAGAAGAGGGAGAAGUUCCUAAAAGACGGCAAGAAGAAGGAGCUGACGGCGGAGGACAGAGCUCAGUUUGAGAUCCUGAAGGCACAGAUGUACGCAGAGCGGGCGGCCAAGAGAGAGAGGCGGCCCAAGAGAGCGAGAGCCAUGCCGGAGGAUGAGGCGCCACCUGGAGCAGCCCAUCAGAAAGCAGGUAAAGGUGGGAGGCAGUCAGUGUUCGAUAAGGAGCUGACCAACACCAGCAGCAAGGCUCUGAAACGGUACCGCUCAGGGCCUUCCUUUGAGGACAGGAAGCGACUCGGUCUGUCCGGCAGGAGAGGAGGAGGAAGAGGAGGAGGAGGAGGAGGAGGAGGAAGAGGAGGAGGAGGCGGUGGCUUCAGGUCAAAGUCCAGGUACAGGAGGAAGUGACGGGACGGGGCCGGUUUGGGAAGCGACCACCGAGCGCGACACGUUCUCUGCUGUUCCUCUGUCACUUUGUAGAACCUUUUUCAUUUGUCUUUGUUCAUGAGAUGUGCUCUAAAUAAAGUUUUGAUGGUUGACUAAGA